GGCGUUGUUUCAAUUUCAAGAUAAAAGUUCAUUGUCUGUUGGCAACAUAGGCAUCACAUGAGUGUAGGAUUCAUUUAUCCCAAAUCCAACCCUUGUGAUAUUUUGAAGUAAUGAACAAAUAUGCACUACAACCGCACAAUUCUGAAUUGUGCAAUGAGAUGCUUUUCUUACAAGUCUUGGUUGAAUUCUGUUAACGGGAAUCGUUGGAUGGCUAAUGUUUUGAAGAUUGAUAGAGCUUCUGAAGCUCAGUCUGGAGUUUUAUCAAAUUCUGCUUCGGUGUUUGAACUACAAAUAAUUGAUGCCAAGCUGGAGCGACUUGAUGAAUACCUAAAAGAUUUUGGUGGGUUUUUGGAAAUGAUCAAAGCAGCUGCAAUUGAUGUUUGUUUACUUGGAAGCUUCACUUGCGAUAUUGGCAAUCAAAACAAUAUCUAUCAUUUUUGGAAGUACAAGGAGGGUUAUAGCAGUCUUAGUACUCGUUACAAUCUACUCAGAAACAAUAAAGAUCUAUUUCAUUACCAACAGAAGUUAGAUUCCUUAUUGCAAUCACGCAAAAACCAAGUUUGCCUACCUUUUAGCUACUGGCCUGAUCCCGAACCGCGAGGAGAUAGUAUCGAAAAUAUUUACGAGCUUAGAUCAUAUCACUUAAAGCCAGGUACAAUGAUAGAAUGGGGCAAUCAUUGGGCUCAGGCGAUAAAAGUUAGGUCUAAGAACAAUGAGGCAGUAGCUGGAUUCUUCUCUCACAUUGGAGAUAUGCAUGUUGUUCAUCACCUUUGGGCUUAUCGGGACCUUGAAGCACGGAGGAAAUCGCGGGAUGAAAUUUGGCAGGACCCGAGAUGGGGGAAGUGUGUAAUGAAUACAGUUCCUUUAAUGCAUUCGAUGACAAGUAGCAUUCUUCGUCCAACACCAUACAGUCUGCUCCGAUAAUUGAUUUAAUGCCUUUGAGAAGAUCAACGUUAUACUCAAGUUGUUUGAGCUAUAGUUUACAACUGUUAAAUUGCUUUGCUACUGCUCGUUUGAUGAGCGUCACUAGUAAUCAGUGAAUAAUUUUUGAUUGUUUUAAUAUCAAUGUAUUGUAAACUGACUAGCGAAAUAUUGUUUGUUAAUAUCACUGCAUAAUUUUUUAUUACUCCUUGGUGUAUGUCAAUAAAUUAUGUUUGUAUCAAGA